GCGCAGGCACCCGGGGGCGGAGGAGCCGGGGAGGCGGGAGGCGGGAGGCGCCGGGGCCGUUUAAGCGGCCUCCCUCCCGCCCCCAGGCGCCUGCUCUGGCCCGGGCCCUGUGCUGACCGACCCCCGGCGUGGCCCACUCCGGCUCUGCCCAGUUGCGUGGCUCCCGCCUGGCACGCCGGCGGCCUCGGGAGCAGUUCAAGCCCAUGAGGCCGGCGCGCCCUGCCGCCGGUGCAGAAGAGACGGAGCUCCCGGCCCCCGCGGUGGAGCGGAGGAUCAAUGCAGUUCAGGAAUCGAUUCCAGCGUUUCAUGAACCAUCGGGCCCCAGCCAAUGGCCGCUACAAACCAACUUGCUACGAGCAUGCUGCGAAUUGCUACACACACGCAUUCCUCAUCGUUCCAGCCAUUGUGGGCAGCGCCCUCCUCCAUCGGCUGUCCGACGACUGCUGGGAAAAGAUAACAGCAUGGAUCUACGGGAUGGGCCUUUGUGCCCUCUUCAUCGUCUCCACAGUGUUUCACAUUGUAUCAUGGAAGAAGAGCCACUUAAGGUUAAAUCUCCGUGAACUCGGACCCCUGGCAUCUCACAUGCGUUGGUUUAUCUGGCUCAUGGCAGCUGGAGGAACCAUUUACGUAUUUCUCUACCAUGAAAAGUACAAAGUGGUGGAACUUUUCUUCUAUCUCACGAUGGGAUUUUCUCCAGCCUUGGUGGUGACAUCAAUGAAUAACACUGACGGACUUCAAGAGCUUGCCUGUGGGGGCCUGAUCUACUGCCUGGGAGUCGUGUUCUUCAAGAGCGAUGGCAUCAUUCCAUUCGCCCAUGCCAUCUGGCACCUGUUCGUGGCCACAGCCGCCGCCGUACACUACUAUGCCAUUUGGAAGUAUCUUUACCGAAGUCCCACGGACUUUAUUCGGCAUUUGUGACCCGUCUCUGCUAGGCUUUCAAAUCAGUAUUAUCACAGUUGAGGCACUUGAGUGGGGUAAGAGCUGAGCCCUGCGCACAGAAGAGUAAGCAACUUGCACUGACUUCGUUUAAUUUUUUUUUAAUAUAAUUACUGUGAAAGUAUAAAAGCUGCGCCUUGGAGUUCUCCUCUUCACAGGCAACAGAUAAGGUAGCGAAUUAAUUCUUCAUUCCAUUCCACUAUCAUGAAGGACUCGGGGUAGACAUGGCCAGCUGAUGUUUACAAACCAGGAUUUUGUAUUUUUUUUUCUGUUUUACAGAUUUUAACUACGAUGAUUUUUUCUAAAUCAGUAGGUCAGGUUGUCAAAGUCAGUGCAACAAUACAACUUCCUUUUUAAGAAAAACAAGCGCCGUUUCUAUCACGUUUCCCGUUCACUGUGUAAAGAAUCAUGGAAACUUAACACUACUUUUUACCAUGUUUCAUCUUGACAUAACAUGGUUCUUUUUUAAAAGGAGGCUUCGGUUCUUUUGUAAAUUUUUAAGAGAAACUCUCCCAUUGAAAAGCGCACCUGCCCCCCACCACCACGGUUCCUCAUUCGUGCGAAGUUUUGCAGCAAGCGGUCAACAUUCCACAAACAAACAUUAUACCUCUUCUGACGGUUUUAUUAAGUAUGGAGAACUUGCCAAUUUUCUAGAAAAACUGCAGUUUUUUUCCAAACUUUUCUGCCAAUCUCUGACCCUGAAUUCUGUGCUGCUCUGGGCUGACGUCCUUGACCUGGUGUGGGCCACCAGGGCUAAGACAGUGUUUUGAUAUCAUCAACUUUUUCAGAAGACAUAACUUUGCUGUCUGUCUUUGCCACUUUUUCUCCAGGGUCUCUCUCCGCGGUGGAGGAGGAUCCUGUCUGGAUUAUGAUAGUAUUGUUGGGUUGCCCAUCUGCCAGACGCUCCUCCUGAGCUUUCUGAAUUAAUGGUGAAAUCCUAUUGCCACUUUGGUGCCCAACGAAUGGUUCAGUCAUCGUGGUUAAUUAAGCCACUUCAAUUUACUGUAUCAGUUUGAUAUUCAUUUUAAUUGUGGGACUAGACACAGAAACUCACAUUUCUGCCUUUUCCUCUGCAUUUCUCAAUAUACUAUGGUUUUUUUUCCCCACACCGUAAAUACAGCAUUGAUUGACAGGUAGAAACUCGUGUCAAUAGUCUGUGGGUUUUAUGCCAACUCAGUGGAGUGAUAUUUAUAUAUUAUUUCUAGUUCCCUCUCAAUGUCUUAUAUUAAGAUUGAUGUAUUAGUUGCAUUGUUGGUUAAUCUUUCUUGGCGUUUAAGAGAAGUGACGUCACCUUGCCUUUAGAUCAGAUGUUAAUAUCACCUAUUUGUCUAGGAAUAGGCCCGCUCAGUGGAACUGUCAGAUUAAAGAUAUGCUUUAUUAAUUGAAACUCUGUACAGCUGUAAGUUUAAAAGAAGACUUAUUUUGUAUGUCUGUUGAAGCUCUGAUUUUGGUAAAUUGUGAAGGAACAAUGGAUGGGCGGACUUCUGGGAAUUUGUUCAGUGGUCAAGGGAACCCAAGGACAACACCAGCCAGGCCACUCUAGAUGCAUGGUUCUGAACAUUUAGGUGCCUGUUAUUUUACUGUGUAUAUUUUACUUUAAAUAUAUUAACUUUUUGUGGAUUCAUUUAAAGUCUGCUCAUACGCAACACUGUCAAAACCACUAAAAUGUAUGUAAGAACGUGUGCUGUAGAUUAGAAUAAAGUUGUUACUUGGGUUGA